GACUACCGGCCCCAGGGGGCGCCGCGGGGCGGCGGCGGCCAUGUCCGGGCCCGUGCCCGCGGCCAUGUCGGCGGCGGCCGCCCCCGAGUACGAGGUGGGGGAGCUGCACACCCGUGCCUUCUGCGUCGGCGCCCUGGGCCGCGGCUGGCGGCAGCAGCUGGGGCCCCCCGACCUCUCUCUGGCGGCGGAGGAAGAGGAAGAUGAGGAGGAGGAGGAGGACGUGGCGGUGGCGGAGGAGCUGGGCUGCGACUUGGAGACGGCGGCCGAGCUGCGGGCUGUCUGCAGUGUUGAUAUGUUAAUGUCUUCUGAUAAAGAAAAGGACCCAGAAGUUAUUCCUGAAGAUAGCAGUUUACUAACUCUUCGAAUUAGAAAGAAGGUACUAGAGAGGAGAGAAGAAAGAAUCAUUGUGGAUCGGGCUUGCAGGCAAGAAACUCUUGCCUAUGAGAUGGAGUCAAAUGCAAUUGGAAAGAGGCCAGAUAAUCCAGUAGAUCUAGUAGAAGAGGGAGAACUGCUUUUAACUCUGAACAUUUUCUAUCCUGUCAUAUUUCAGAAGCACAAAGAUCACAAACCCUAUCAGACAGUCCUUGUACUGGGCAGCCAGAAGCUCACUGAACUGAGAGAUUCCAUUUCCUGCGUCAGUGACCUCCAGAUAGGUGGAGAGUUCAGCAGUCAGCCAGAUCAAGCACCAGAGCACAUCAGCAAGGAUCUCUACAAAUCUGCUUUCUUUUAUUUUGAAGGCAUCUUUUAUAACGAUAAAAGAUAUCCAGAGUGCAGAGAUCUGAGCAGAACAGUCAUUGAGUGGUCAGAAGCCCAUGACAGAGGCUAUGGAAAUCUUCAGUCUGUUAAAAUGGAGGACUACACAUUUAAUGAUUUGUCCCUCAAAAUUGGCUUUCCAUACCUUUUCUGCCACCAAGGGAACUGUGAGCACAUCGUUAUCAUCACGGAUAUAAGGCUUAUUCAUCAUGAUGAUUGCCUGGACAGGAACCUCUAUCCCUUGUUAAUCAAGAAACACUGGUUAUGUACCAGAAAAUGCUUUGUAUGCAAAAUGUAUACAGCCAGGUGGGUAACCAACAAAGACAGUCUGGCACCAGAGGAUCCUUGUUUCUUCUGUGAUGUUUGUUUUCGAAUGCUCCACUAUGAUGCGGAAGGCAGUAAACUGGGGGAGUUUCUUGCAUAUCCUUAUGUCGAUCCCGGGAUUUUCAACUAAAACUUGCAUGAAUCAGUGGACUACAUCGAUGAAUCUGUUGCUCUAGCUGCUAAAACCACCAAACAACUUUAAUGUUGAGCGUACUGUAGGAUUUUUGGUUAAACUUUUAAUGCCUCUGAGGAGGAAGGAGCUCUCUGCACUUGAAAUCUUUUUGGUAUAUAUACCUUUACAUCCACAGAGAUAAGUUAGCAUGGAAAAAUAUGCUCAGGUGUGUAUUUUAAUACAGUACAUUUUUAAUAUACUUUUACUACAGUACAGUAUUUUGGAGAUAUACUCUCAAAAUCUGGAUGUUUCGAAGAGAGAAUACCCUGAGAAUGCCCGUGUAAAAGCUGCUAGGGUUUUUGUUUGGGAAAUCCUUUGCAUCCAAGGCUCUGUUAACGUCAAAGGAUGACAAGAUGGUCUUUGGGCAUCUAACCUGGAAAACUGGCAGUUGUCAUCCCUGAACAAGGCUGGAUGCGAUGGUGCGAUGAAUUUGCUGGGAGGAGAAUGCUUCCCAGGAGACAGCUCGUAGUGCUGGUUAUCUUCUAGGUCUUCCCAUGAAAAAGUGGGUGCUUGUAUCAGUAAACUCCUGCUGUCCUUGCAUGUUGACUCCGAGGGCUUAUUCUGUGAAGAGCAAGCCACAUUUUGCCAACUACUGAACUGUAGUCUGCCUUUCAAAUAACUUGAUUAACUAUGUUUACAGUGUAUGUAGUUGUAAAUGUUCAAAAUCAGUGUUUGUUGUAAACUUUUCUAUAUUUUUGUUGUUUCUGUUAAAAUGUGAGCAAUUCGUACUUACAAGUCUUGUUAAAUUGAAACUCUGCUUGCCAAGGCAGAAUAUACCUACCUAGUGUCUGGCUUUUUAAUUUUUUAAUCUGGAAUUCAGGGGAUUUCAGUGGAGAUCUGGCUGUUUAGGAAAGCUAGUAAAGUAACUGCUUUUCUUUUGAAAGCUUCAGCCAGUUCCUAGAAAAAUCUACUUCUGGUUGGUGUAAAAGACUGCCUACUCUGAUAACCUGCAUACAGUAAUGUACUGGAUGAACUGAACUGCUGUUCUGAUCCUAUGGCCUGAAUUAUGCAUAUUCUUGAUUAUCUUAGAAGCCUUGAAACUCCAUCACACAGAUACCUGACAGCUUUCCAGUGGCGCACGAGUUUGUGUGACUGUAAACCGGUGGUUUUUUAGGACCAAAAAAAGGACGUGACUCUUUUUUUUGUUGUGUAAGUCAGCCCACUGUUGGCCUGAUCAUUUUUAAAAUGGAGCAGUGACCCUAGCCCUUCUGCCAGGUGUUGGGAAGUGUGAUGGUUUGAUAGUUCUCUUACGCUGCAGGAAUCUGCGGAAGAGGAACUGCCCUGCCUUCAACAACUGCCACAAGUCAAACUGUUAGGGCACGACUGCUUUGCAGUCCUGUAACAGCUGAUUUGAAAUCCCCUGCAAUACACUCCUGGCUGCAACUUCUGUAUCUUUUUCCUCAUCUUCAUCUUCUCCCCAACCCUGUCCUCUGUCAGCUGCCUCCUGAUAACGUGGGCUUCCCAGUCCUCUUCAGUAUUGGAGCUGAGAUCACAUAGCUUUAGAAAUUAUAUCAGCUGCCUAUUGCUUAGUUCUUUGAUUUCUUACUAUGGCAAAUUUUAAGGAGGCAAUCUGUAAGUUUUUGUGCAUGUGUAAUCUUAAUUUGUUUUUCUGUUUUGCUUUUCUUUAGCAGUAGUGUGGUGGUGUCGCACUGAUGGGCAGCAAAGCUACACCACCCUGCUCUCACAGCCUGCUCCACCAGGGGCCUCUCCACGGGCUGCUGUUGUAUUUUUUGUUUUUUUCCCCUUUCCUGAGUAUGUUACCACAGAGGCACAGAUUGCUCACUGGCUCGACUCUGGCCAGCAGCAGGUCCCUUUUGGAGCCAGCUGGAGCUGGCUCUUACCAGGCAGGCAGCUUCUGGACUCUUCUUGCACCACAGCAUGUAUUUUUAUUUUACUUAUUAAAAAAAAAAAAAAUAGGGUGAAGAGAAUUAUGUGAAUUUAUUCUUUCAUUAAACUAAUUCUGCCUCAGUAUAAUUGUUUUCCACCUAACCUAUUUACCUGCUUUCCAAAUUGGUUCCAAAUUUUGUAACCAAUUGGUCAAAUUGGUUACAAAAGCUGUUUUCUUGGCAGGUUAAGAAGUUUUGUUAGGGCCAGUCCCAUACUGCUGAUAAGGAACGAGAAGCUGGCCACAGUCUGGGUGCAAGAAGCGAGGGCAUCUGUGCAGAACCAAAUGGAGAACUGAUAGUAGAAGCUACAGUAUGGUGUGUAUGUUGCAGUAUGGUGGUGGUCCUAUUUGAUAUUCAGUUUCAUCUUAAAUGACAAAAUGAAAUGGUUACAAUAAAUCAUAGUUUUUAAAGAUACUUUUUAAUUCCCAGGUGCUGUCACAGGACAGCUGGUUCUGACCUUAAUUUAAUGUUUGUGAGUGAUUCCUCUGAGUGAAAUCCAACAUCAGACCCAGCUGCCUAUUCAUAAUUAAAUUCCUAUGACACCAGCUGGAUAGCUGUGUUUUGGCUAAUUAUUAACUGAUCUUAGAAUGUAAGUGAUCACAACUUCAAAGUAGGUUUAUUUCACAAUGAAAAAUGAGAAAAUAAUUAUUUGUAAUAAUCCUGUCUAUGUGUUUGUUUUUUAUAUAUUUUUUAAAAGCAAGACAAUCAGUUUGUUUCUUACAAAUCCCUUAUUGUGAUAAAUUGGGUGUAAGGGUAUGGAUGGAAUUUGAGUAUGUUUUGAAUUAAAUUCAAAUGAAAAUUUAAUAGUCCUGCCUGCUGACAUGUGGACACUUAUGCCUGCACUUACCAGCAAAAAGGCUAGAGAAUUAAAAACUGCAGUUGAGACCAGGCAUGACUGUGUAUUAAUAGCAUUAAAGAUUAGUAAAAGGCUCUUAGAAUGAUCUCUCUUUUUAUCCACCCUUUUUAAACCUUUUUUUAAAAUCUGUUUGCAUAGACAAAUUUUUAUCUUAAGGGGAAAAUACAGAAAAGUUUCUUCUUUAACUUCACAGUGCAUUUCAGACUUAAAAACAUGGAGUCACCACACUCGGAAAUACUAAGCUAGAAAACAUUCCUAAAUAAAAGGCAUUAAUCUGAA